GCGGCGGGCCGGCUGCAGAGGGCGUGGGUCCGCCGCGAUCCAGCCGGGGCGGAGCCGAGAGCUGGGAGCCGCAGCUCAGAAGCUAGGCGCUCACAGCUAUGUGCCCGGGGUAUCAGAGAGCUCGAGGGUCGCCGGCGUUGGGGCUGCUGCUGCUACUGAGGCUACCGUGGCCGGUGUGCGGGGCUGAGGCGUUUCAAGGAAGCACCCCUGGAGAGCCAGUCAUCCUGCACUGGGUUCUGGAUGGACGACCCCGACACAUGGUCACCCUGGAGCAGCCGGUCUCGAAGCUAGAGGUGAGGCUGGUGGCCUUGAAGGCUGAAGGCCAGGACCUCCUGCUAGAGCUGGAGAAGAAUCACAGGCUGCUGGCUCCAGGAUACACAGAAACCCACUACAGCCCAGAUGGGCAGCCAGUAGUGCUGUUCCCCAACCACACGGAUCAUUGCCACUACCAUGGGCGUGUGAGGGGCUUCCUGGACUCCUGGGUAGUCCUCAGCAUCUGCUCUGGGAUGAGGGGCCUGAUCACACUCAGCAGAAAUGCCAGCUAUUAUGUGCAUCCUUGGCCAGCUGGGGACUCCAAAGACUUCUUGACCCACAAGAUCUUCCGGACGGAGCAGCUGCUCAGCUGGAAAGGGGCCUGUGGCUACAGGGACCCAGGGGACAAAAGGGACAUGGCCAGCCUUUCGUGUGCCACCCAGAUCAGGGAGAGGCGGGAGUCCCUGGGGAGCCCGAGGUACCUGGAGCUGUACAUAGUGGCGGAUCACACCCUGUUCUUGACCCAGCACCGGAACUUGAACCACACCAAACAGCGUCUUCUGGAGGUCGCCAGCUAUGUGGAUCAGAUUCUCAGGACUCUGGACAUUCAGGUGGCGCUGACCGGCCUGGAAGUGUGGACCAAGGAGGACCAGAGCCGCGUCACGCCAGACGCGAACGCCACGCUCUGGGCUUUCCUGCAGUGGCGACAGGGACUGUGGGCGCGGCAGCCACACGACUCGGCUCAGCUGCUCACGGGCCGCGCCUUCCAGGGCGCCACCGUGGGCCUGGCGCCGGUCGAGGGCAUGUGCCGCGCGGAGAGCUCUGGAGGCGUGAGCACCGACCACUCGGAGCUCCCCAUCGGUGCUGCAGCCACCAUGGCCCACGAGAUAGGCCACAGCCUCGGCCUCAGCCACGACCCCGACGGCUGCUGCGUGGAGGCAGCGGCGGAGCAGGGCGGCUGCGUGAUGGCCGCAGCUACCCGGCACCCAUUCCCGCGAGUGUUUAGCGCCUGCAGCCGCCGCCAGCUGCGCUCCUUCUUCAGCAAGGGAGGGGGCGCGUGCCUCUCCAACGCGCCGGACUCCGGCCUCCUGGUGCCCCGGGCGCACUGCGGGAAUGGCUUCGUGGAAGAGGGCGAGGAGUGCGACUGCGGCGCCGGCCAGGAGUGCCCGGACUCCUGCUGCUAUGCCCACAACUGCUCACUGCGUGCGGGGGCCCAGUGCACCCACGGGGACUGCUGCGCACACUGCCUGCUGAAGCCGGCGGGUGCGCCUUGCCGCCGGUCUGCGGGCGACUGUGACCUCCCUGAAUUCUGCACGGGCGCCUCCCCCUAUUGCCCCCCCGACAUUUACCUACUGGACGGCUCGCCCUGCGCCAGAGGCCGCGGCUACUGCCGGGACGGCGCGUGUCCCACGCUGGAGCAUCAGUGCCAGCAGCUCUGGGGGCCUGGCUCCCGCCCAGCCCCGGAGGCCUGUUUCCGGGUUGUGAACUCUGCGGGAGACGCCCAUGGGAACUGCGGCCAGCAGGGCGACAACAGCUUCGUUCCCUGUGCGCAGAGCGAUGCGCAGUGUGGGAAACUGCAGUGCCAGGGCGGGGAGCAGAGCGCACUGGCGCCACACAUGGUGCCAGUGGACUCCACCGUAUCCCUAGGCAGCCUCCAGGUGACCUGCAAGGGAGCCCUCGUGCUGCCCGGCACCCAGCUGGACCUGCCUGAUUUGGGCCUGGUAGAGUCAGGCACCCAGUGUGGACCUAGAAUGGUGUGCCAGGAAAGGCGCUGCCAGAACACUACCUUCCGAGAGCUGGAGCUCUGCCUGACCGCCUGCCAUGGUCGCGGGGUUUGCAAUAGUAACCAUAAUUGCCACUGUGCUCUGGGCUGGGCUCCGCCUUCCUGUGACAAGCCAGGGUUUGGUGGUAGUGUGGACAGCGGUCCUAUGCAGCCUGAAAGCCAGGACACCUUCACGCUGGCGGUGAUCCUUAGUUUUCUGCUGCCUCUGCUCCCUGGGGCUGGCCUGGCCUGGUGCUGCUGCCGGCACCCAGAACUCCGUCUCCAACAAUGCCUUUGGGGCUCAAGGAGGGACCCCAUGUGCAGUGGCACUCUUCCCCCACCUAUUGCUCCGCAGACCUUGAGAACUCUGCCAGAGCCUAACAGCCACCUUGAGAAGCCUGUGCCCCACGGCCCUGCUUGUACCCCCAAGCAGGUAGAGUCCAAAAGCCAAGAUCCUGUCUCUGGUGAAAAGUGACUCCUGAGAUGAGAAGACUUAAGGACAGGUGGCUACUGCCAGCCACACCAGGAACUUGGACCCCGCCCCCUAGGGGCGGAGCCAGCGAGUCAGCAGACCUCUUGCACCUUCAGGCAGCUUCGAAAUUUCUUCCCUGAGUUACCGCCACACCACCUACUCCAGGACCUUGGAGCCUCAUCAAAAUUUGCUCAGUGCUGUCCCCAUUCCUUAGGGCUGCGGGAUCCUGCUAGGGUACACCCUCCAGCUCAAGCAAGAAUCCAUCAGUCCCAGGAGGGAAGGUCAUGUAGUCAAUGACCUCCUGUCACUAGGGGGCGCUGGGUCAUGCUGGGCACCCAGAGAGGCCUAUGUCCAGGCAGCCUAGGUGUGUCUGCUACACUCACUUUAUUCGGACCUAGCUCUUUGGAGGACAGUGACUGCUGGGCCAGAAACCUGGACUCUAGGGGCCCUACAUUUCAGACUUAAGUCCACUUCCCUGGAGCCUGGCCCCUGCAAAACAAACGAAAUCCUUGGGACCUUCCUUCCUGCCGUCUCCUACCCUCUCUUGUCCCUCAGAUGCUUCCUCAGCCCCACCCCACUUCUAGUCCUUAGCUGAGGUUUCAGAGAAGCAUGGGGCCUGCUGCAGUCCCCUUACUUUGGACAUUAAUCAGCCUGUCCUCCAUUCCAUGGAAGGGGACAAAGGAAGCCAUUUUGGAAAGGACACCAAAGUAGAAGUCAGAAGAAAGACAUGUUGCCCUGGGACUUCUGUCUUUUCUGUCUGUAAAUUCAACACCAUAGGGCUCCCUGAGGGUGACAAAGGGUGGUGGCUGGUGGGUGGAGCCUCAGAUGACAGCCAGGCUCCGUAUGUAUGGGGCAUAGGAUGGUGUUGCUUAGCUUGAAUGUUCCCUUUGCUCCACCUCUCCUGCCUCCCCUGGAUACUCUCAGCAGCCAUUUACUCUCUCCCCUUGCUUCAUGCAAAAGUUGCUGAGUGACCUUCUUUAUCAGCUAGCUGUUGCUACAUAACAAGACCAACCCAAAACUUAGUAGCUUAAAACAAUAACCAAUUCUGUGAAUUGGCAAGUCAGCUGGUGGUUGGUCUCAGCUCAGCUCACUUAUACAUUUGCAAUCAACUGCUGGUCGCUGCUUCUGGGGUUGGCUGGCUGUUGGCUAGGGUGAUGGGGAUAAGCCGGCUAGCCCAGGCCUGUUCACAUAAUAGCUGGGGAGGGUUCUAAGAGAGCAGGACCAGGAUUAGAGUGAGACAAGGGAGGCAUUCACCUUGGGCACAAAAAGUAAUCAAGAUAAGAAAUAUUUUAAUGUAAUACUUUUAAAGAUCAAAAUUAAUACAGAAGUCCACGAUGAACAAAAUAUCAAAAAUUUAAUUAAAGACAGGAUCAGUUUCCAUACCAAGGCAUUUUUGGAGCCUGAGGCUAAAAGAAAAAUCAGUAGUUGUGAUCCUGAGGCAAGUACCUCACGCACCUCCUCUUGCAGAAGAGUAUGUGGAAGCUUGUCAGGCUUCUUGAGAGUCUGACUGGCACAUUUUACUUCCAUAACAUUCUCUUGGCCCAAACAAGUCACAGGGCCAGCCCAGGUUCCAGGGGUUGGGAGGCAAACUCACCUCCCCUCCAGGGAGGAGCAGCAAAAUCAUAUUUCAUAGGGUGUGAAGAAAUGGGGAAUUUUUCCAAUCACCCACUGGCAGCAGAGAAGCAGACCCAAGGCUCAGGCCUUGCUUUCACUCUACCAGCUGAAGGCGCUGAAUGAGACUGUUUGCUAAAGCCCACUCCUGUGUUCGCUGUGGGAUUCUGAUUUGUAGAGACGACAUAGCAAUGAGACAGAGAAGUUAAUGCCACUGAAAGAAGUUUUUAUGGCUUGCAUUUCCCUCGAGAAGGGGGACUGCCCACCAUGCAGGGCCACAUAGGGAAGCACCCAGUUUGUAAGGAAAGACUUAGGAACUACCACAGAUUGGAAGAAACUAAGGUGACAUGAUGACUAAGUGCAAUGUGGGAUGCUAGAUGGGAUCCUGGAACAGAAAAAGGACAUUAGUGGAAAGACUGGGGAAAUUCAAAGUGGUCUAUAGUUAAGUGAUUUGCACCAACAUGAAUUUUCUAGUUUUAAUAAUUGUACUAUGGUCAGGUAAGAUGUUGAUGUUAGGGGAAACUGGGUGAGGGAUAUAAAGGGAACGCUAGCAUUUUUGCAAUGCUCUAACUUUUCUGCAAGUCUAAAAUUAGCUAAUAAAAAGUUAACAAUAAAACUAUAAAAGAAGGAAAAGAACGGUGUUGUUUCACAGAGUUAAUGGUUUAGCGUGGGAGAGACAAGGUCUCCUUGG